GCAGAACACAGACUCAACUAAAGGAGAGCUGAAUCACAGAGGGGAGACCUGAAGGAGCACAUGAAAAUGGCUACUCGCGUGAAUUUAACAGCAUGGCUGAUUACAAUUAUCGCGGCCAGCUUCCUAAAGGUCGAUGCAGCGGCGGCGGUGGCGACCUACACGGUCGGAGAUGAAUUGGGGUGGACUGUCCCCUCCAACAUAUCCUAUUACCAGUCUUGGUCUGCCUCCAAGAAUUUCAUGGUCGGCGACAAGCUAUCUUUCAACUGGACAGGGACGCACAAUGUGGCCGAAGUAUCAGAGGCCGAGUACGACAACUGCACCCAGGUUGUAUCCGUUCUGGGCAGUCCGGUGGACAUCCGGCUUUUGAAGGGCGGGUCUUGCUAUUACAUCUGCACCGUCGAUUCACACUGCAAGCUUGGCCAGAAGCUGUUCAUCACCGUCGGUGUCGGAUCAUCCGCAGCUGCUCCCUCACCGAGUAAUUCCGCUCCGAUGAUGGCUCUUGGCACUGGUAUCUUGGUCUCUGCAUUUAUCACCAUCGUUUCUCUCAACUUACUGUGUUACUAACUAACUCGCCAUUGAGUCGAACAUGUACCUUAUGUGGGAUAAACGCCUAGAUGUCGUCUGGAUGAUGUAUGGAAAAUAAGGUCAUUUGUCUCUUUCGUGGCCUAUAAGAAAAGAGAGUCAAUUCAUGUGAGCUAGAUUGCCGCUGUUUGUCGAUUUCUAUAUGUUGAAACUCGAUCAGUGAAUUUUUAUCCACUAAGCUGAAUUAUUAGCGGAGACGUGUACAUAUA